CGUUUUCCAGGAGGCAAAGAGAAAUGCUUUAUAAUUAGAUCUGUAUGUUCUAUAAUUGCCCAUCGGCUUGGGACAAUGCUCUCGAGUGAAAUAGUAACAGAGAAAUAGGUACGAAUGCCAGGUGAAGCUCAGAAUGUUGGAUUGUGCUUAAAUACGAUUAAUGUUCGGGCAAAAUCUGUCUCAUCAGUUUCCCAGAUGUUUCACGUGAAAUGACGUAGAUAUGAGGUUGUUCACUGUAAGAGAUUGUUACUAUUGCUGCUUGGGAUGUGUAAAGCAAUGCGCAACGUGUGAAUGUUCUUAUUUUUGAAAUGGUGUUAGUAGAGCUGUGCAAAAAAGUGGAUAUAUAUAACUGAGAAAAAAAGUGUUUGUCUGUUCUUUGGAAAUACUUUCAAAAUGGCGGAGGGCAAGGUUGCAUCAUGUUCAAGAUAUUUAUUGAUUAUUCUAAAUUUGAUAUUUUUGAUAGCCGGUGUUCUGUUUCUGGGCGUAGGGAUAUGGAUUGUUGCUAGUGAUGCAGCAAUGGAGACAGUUACCACUAAAUUGCAUUUAUCAGUAAAUGUAGGGACGCUCUUAUCUAUAGGGUAUGCCGUUAUAGGUGUAGGCUCAUUUAUGUUCCUGGUUGGUUUCUGUGGUUGCUGCGGGGCCAUCAGGGAAAGCGCCAUCAUGAUUGGAGUUUACAUCAUCUUCAUGGUUGUUUUAUUAUGUGGUGAACUAGCAGCAACUGUAUAUGUGGCAUUGGAAAAAUCCACGAUAGAAACAAAAAUCCGUCAGCAACUUCUGUCAGAUGUCGAAAACUAUAAUAACAAAUCCAACCUAGAUUUUGUACAAGGAAAGUUCGAAUGUUGCGGGGCUGACAACUACACAAAUUACAGGAACAGUUACUACUUCAACAGUCAGGACAGCAUAACUGCCUACGUUCCAGACAGUUGUUGUAAGAGCGAAGAUGAAGACCAUAAAAUUCCAGUGGAUAGAGAAGCAUGCCAGUUAGCAGCGAAACUAGGACAUACCAACGAUACCAACCUGUUUACUACGGGAUGUUUCAAUAUAAUACAAGAGUUGAUAGAAGACAAUAGUGCUAUCCUAAUUGGUGUCUCGGCAGGGAUUAUAGUUCUAGAGGUAAUUGGUAUCGUGUUUGCAGUAUAUCUAUGUAGGAACAGGACGGACUACGACUAUUAUGAUGAUUAACUUGCUAUUUUGAAUUUUUUUUUCAAGAAAAUUAGCACAAUUUCAUUUCUUUCUUCAUAUUUAGUAAUUGCAUUUUAAUGUUUUAUGCUAAUAAUAAACAUAAGAAAACAUCAGCAUAUUCCAUUCGGAAUUUUCCGAGCACUAAACAGUUCAUUUCGACGAAUUUAUUGCGGAAACUUCUUCAGACACUUCCAGACACGAGCGAUAGUACCCGACGGAUGUUACUUCGUUGUAAAGAAUAACACUUUUAUAAUUUCGGGACUUAGAGUUCCGGAAAAAAUAUUGUCAUGAAGAAUAGUUCAGCAUGUGCUUUAGCAAAUGUUCUGUCAAAGCGAAUGUAUUAUCUUUGAAUUUGCUUGUUUGAAGACAGCAACUGAGAUAAUUGCUCGUCCACCCGAUGUUGAUCAACUUUUAAGGGAAAUGGAACGCGAUAUGAAUGGCUAAAAUUGUGAUAGAAUAUCAAGAAUUGUUUGGGCUUGUGUUAAAGCUGUGUUGAUAAUAUUUUAUUUAAGUGCCUUACAUGUUUGGUUAAUGAAGCUUGGAUCCGGAUAUGUCAAUAUAUGUUUUAUAACUUUCAAAAUUCCGCACACAAUCUGUUUGGUUUUCGUUUCUGUUACUGUAACUAAACGGCAACACAUGACCGGGACUCCGGUGGUGUACGAAACAAGCACCGUCUACAUACAUGUGCAUUUAAUUUUAUUUCAUCUGUUUACAGAACUAAAAAAUAUUCGCCCAUGUAAUUUUUAGAGUAGCAAAUCUUUCUAUAAUAAUUCAGUAACAAUAUCUACUUGUCUUUAGACAUAAAUCUGAGUUGCAAACUUGCACAAAAUAUUGUUUUAUAACAGUGUUACUUUUUGUUUCAAAUAAGCACAUGUUAUGACAUGUGGUGACGUUACAGCGCCAUCUUGACAAAUAUAUUUGGGUUGGUCCCUUAACGAACUUCGCAUUUUGAUAUACACUUAUAAACACAGUAACGAUAAGUCGAAUUCAAUUGAAAUCGACACAAAUCGUCGCCAUCGUACCAAACCGCGCAUACGUGCAGCACAAAACAUUUUCUUUGGUGCUUCUUAUUCAUUUUUUGAGCCGUGCCAUGAGAAAACCAACAUAGUGGCUUUGCGACCAGCAUGGAUCCAGACCAGCCUGCGCAUCCGCGCAGUCUGGUCAGGAUCCAUGCUGUUCGCUAACGGUUUCUCUAAUUUUAAAAGGUUUUGAAAGCGAACAGCAUGAUCCUGACCAGACUGCGAUGCGCAGUCUGGUCUGGAUCCAUGCUGGUCGCAAACCCACUAUGUUGGUUUUUCCGUGGCACGGCUCAUUUCGACAACUCAUAAAGCAAGUGUUUUCAUUUAUCUGUCGAUCCAUUCACAUGCAUUAUUUUAUAAAUAAUAUAGAUGCCGGUAUUUUUUAUCUUACAAAUGCAGUGUCUAUUCCUGUGUGACUCGAUUACUGUGUGUGACUGGUUGCUUUUAGGGAUCCCGCUGCUUAUCUUUCUUUUAUACAGUUUGAAGGAUAAGUUUUCAAUAAUUCAGCAUAAAUCCAAUUACAAAACCUGAAUGUUAAUGGAGAGCGAUCAGUCUGAGCCAGGGAAAAUGGUUUGCUGUGGUCUACUUUAGUGUUUAAUUACGUCAUUACAAGUUCUUUAUAUUAACGAAGUACAAAUUAUAUUCUUAUAUGCUUGUUUUUUGUAUAAACACGCUUACACUUAAAUUAUGUCAUGUUAACGUGCGAUGGCGUCAAUGUCUUUGUUGCGAUCAGAAAGAGCGCUAUUACUUUUUUACUACUGUUUAGAUAAAAGGCAUAUUAAAAUCGAAAUAAUGUAUAGAAAAAUCGUGUUUUACUUAAGUUAAUACACUCAAAAUCUGUUAUACUUCGGCAGAAUAAUUCAGUCAGGCUACGCCCUCGUGAAAUUAUUCCGCGGACGUAUAACUUCUUUUCGUGUAUUAAUAACGUUAAAACACGGUUUUUCUAUACAUUAUUUCUUAAAUAUUUUUUAUUUGUUUGUGUAUUAGGAGAAUAGUUGCUUGCGUCUCUUUUAUAAUGUAAACUCAAGAUAAACAGACUAUUCUAAAGUGCAAUUCACUAUAACAUAGACUAGGCAGUGCAAAAGAGAAAAUGGUGUAUGCAGAAUAAUUCUGUUGAUGGUGUGUUAUGUCUUCUUUGUGCAGUAUGACUGAUAUUUGUACAAAAAAUAGUUGAUAGUGUGAAAGAAUUUUCUUACAUGAUAAACUGGAGGAAGCGUUACAUUAGAGGGAAUAUUUCCACACGAUUGCUUAAACAUGAUAUUGAUUCCCUCUUCAUAGGAUUGCAUCGUUUUUGAUUUAUCAUGAAAUAAUGCGGAUUGAAAAAUAAAGAUUUAAACGUGU